AUGGCAAAUUUAUAAGAAUAGAUCAUGUCUUAAAUUCAUGAAAUAUUCAAAGAACUCAGUAUUAAAACAUUAAAUAAUAGAAUAAUAAAAAUAAGUAAAUCCAUCGAUUUUAGAGGUGUAGGAUACUCUAGCCCAAAAACAUCCUCGAUUACCAAAAGCAAUAUUAUAAUCUAAGAUAAAGAUUUAUUUUUAAGAUAAUGUUAUCAAAGAAUAAAAGGAAGUCAAAGAUGUAGUGGUAAUAGAAGAUAAAUAACCUUAAAAAAAAGUUAAAAUUGAAAAUAAUGUCAAUAAUACUUAAAACAAUAAUAUUGCAAAGAAUAAUUCAUCAUAAGUUUUAGAUGAAGAAACUUUGAUGUAAUUCCCUACUUUAAAUGAUGUUGGAGGAAUUGAAUCAAUUAAAUCAUAAAUAGAAUCAAUGAUAUAUAUGCCAUUAUAGUAUGCACAUAUAUUUACAGAAUUGGGAAGCAAUGCUCCUAAAGGAAUUUUAUUAACUGGAACUACAGGUUGUGGUAAAACUUAUCUUGCAAAAGCAAUAUGUAGAGAUCUAUAUUAAUAAUUUAAAUUGAAUAUAUUUAUGAAGAAUGGAGCAGAAAUAGUAGCAUCUUUGAGUGGAGAAUCAGAAAAGAAUAUUAGAUAAUUAUUUUAAUAAGCAGCUUAAGAAGCACCAUCUUUAGUUUUUAUAGAUGAUAUAGAUGUAAUAGCAGGAGAUAGAGAUAAAGCAAAUAAGUAAAUAUUAUUAAAUUAUAUUAUUAGAUAAAUGGAAAAAAGAGUAGUAACUUAAAUUAUGGGUAGUUUAGAUUAAUUACCUAAUAAUGUAUUUUUAAUUGCAACUACAUCUCAUCCAGAUUAAUUAGAUCCUGCACUAAGAAGAAGUGGAAGAUUUGAUAAAGAAAUUAUGAUUACUGUUCCUACUGAUGAAUAAAGAGAAGAUAUAUUAAAGAAAUUGAUUAAACCAUUAAAAGUCAAUAAUAUUGAUUUUUAUAGUUUGUCUAGAAGGACACCUGGGUAUAUAUAUAUAUAUAAAUUAUUAUAAAAUAGUUAUGUUGCUUCUGAUUUAUUUUCAUUAAGUAAAGAAGCAGCAGUAGAAGCAGUUAAACGUUUAAUUUCUAGUGAAGAAACCAUAGAGAUAUUACCAAUAGAUUUUGAAAUGGCAUUGAAAAAAGUACAACCUACUGCAAAAAGAGAAGGUUUUGCAGUUAUUCCAGAUGUUACUUGGUCUGAUAUAGGAUCCUUAUAAGAACUUAGAAAAGAAUUAGACAAUUGUUUAGUGUUGCCAAUCUAAAAUCCAGAGGUUUUUCAACAAUUCAAAGUCAGACCUCCUGCUGGAGUGUUAUUAUGGGGACCUCCUGGUUGUGGAAAGACAUUAUUGGCAAAAGCAGUGGCUAAUGCUUCAAGAGCAAAUUUUAUAGCAGUGAAAGGACCUGAAAUAUUAAAUAAAUAUGUAGGAGAAUCUGAAAAAGCUAUUCGAGGAGUAUAAAAUUCAAAUAUAUCUAUUAGUUAUUUACUAGAGCUAGAGCUUCAUAACCUUGCAUUAUAUUUUUUGAUGAAAUAGAUGCAAUUUGUCCAGUUAGAGGAAAUGAUGGAGGAGGAUAAGUUACUGAAAGAGUAGUAAAUUAAUUAUUAACAGAAUUAGAUGGAUUUGAAGAUAGUAUUAACUUAAUAAAUAUAUUAUAUUAGGAAAAUAAGUAUUUAUAAUAGCUGCCAGUAAUAGACCAGAUAUUCUUGAUCCAGCCAUUUUAAGACCUGGUAGAAUUGAUAAACCCUUAUAUGUUCCAUUGCCUGAUGAAUCAGGAAGAGAAGAUAUUCUUAGAACUAUAGCCAAAAAAUCACCUAUUGAUGAUGUAGAUUUCAAAGAAUUGGCUAUGCGUUGUGAAAACUUUACUGGGGCUGAUUUAUCUAACUUGGUUACUACUGCAGCCUUAGAUGCUAUUAUUUCUUAAUAAAAUGUUAUAACUCAACAAAACUUCAUUAACUCUUUGAACAAAAUCAGACCAUCUAUAUCUGAGGCAGAUAGAAGGGCUUAUGAAAAGUUGCGUUAAAAAAUAUAAAUGUGAUU